GCGGCACUUUACCUGGAACAGCACUUUGAGUCGGUAGUGCUCACCGAGGCCAUCAAGUCGCAGGUAAAGGAGAUCGUAACCAAUCCCCUGUCGUAUCGACGUAUUGCCGUUGCCCGGUGGGCUGCAUCAAAUCUCUUUGAACGACCUGACCGAUGCCACGCCUCUAUGUUGCCGCUCAUGGUAGGCAUGCGACAGCAUACAUGGGUAUUGGAGAAUCCAAGCGCAUUUGCGAGGGACCACACCCACGAUAUGAGCACAUUAGUUUCGGCAGCAUGGGAAGCUGCGCGAUACAGACAAAGCGAUCUGCUGAAGGAGCUACUCGACCAUUGUACCUUAAAUAGUGCGCAGAUGCAUGACAUUCUUUGGGCAGCUAACUGGUCCGCUGAUGAAGAGGUCAUCGAUUUGGUGGUCUCGUGUAUCAUUCGGUCGACUAGGUCUGAGUCGCCGUUCGAAUGGCCUGACUUUAUCCUCAUUCGGGCUGCCACUCUGAACUCGACUUCCCUUCUAGCCAAACUUCUCGAUGCAGGCGCUUCAGUCCACGGCAAAUACGACUAUGAGGGGGAUAUCUACCUGCACUCCGCAGUUUUCUGGUCCGCCGCGGCGGGGCAUCUGGACAGUCUGAAAUUCUUUCUUGGCAGGGCGGCCAUCGCAGACCGUCUCUAUUCCAGAAGACGUCAGCUGCUGCAUAUUACCUCCGCGCAUGGACAUGUUGGAGCCGUAAGACUUUUGCUGGCUGCGGGGGCAGAUAUUAAUGCUCUCGGUGGCGAUGACGGGCAGUCGGUCUUAUGUCGGGCCUGCCAAUGGGGAUAUUACAGCGUUGUGCAGGAGCUAGUCAAACAUCCCGAGUUGGAAUUGGACAAACACGGCGAUGUCCGCUGGACGCCUCUAGCAGCUGCCGUAGACCAAGGCUAUGUCCACAGCGUUCGAUUACUUCUUGAGCGCGGUGCGGACCCCAAUGUCCUCGGGUCGGUCAAUUGGAGCCCCUUGCAGUUCGCCAUCUACAAAGGUCACGACCACAUUACUAAGCUCCUACUCGAGCACGGGGCCAAUCCGCAUGUGACAAAGAAUGAAAUUGUUCCUUUGCCCGAGGCAGCAGGGGCUGGGAAAUUGGAGCUUGUUAAGCUGCUUGUUGAGGCUGGCCACCCUGUGGAUGCGCCGGGGACAUAUAAUCGGACAGCGUUGCUGAGGGCGGCCUAUUCAGGGCAUAGAGAAGUAGCAGAGUACCUCAUCAGCAAAGGCGCGCAGGCCACCCUUUCAGAUCAGGGUAAUAGCAAUGGCCUUCACCUGGCGGCUGAAAAGGGACACGCGGGGAUUAUCCGGUUACUGAGCGACCACGGGACGAGUCUCAAUCAAGUUUCUGAAGCGGGCUGGACACCUCUACACAUCGCCUACUCGCAGCCGCAAGCGACUCGGGCCUUGCUAGAAAAAGGGGCCAAUCCCAACAUCGUGGCUUGGAACUGGACACCGUUGGCACUGAGUGCUACCUACAAUCAGACGGAGAAUGUGAGGACGCUGCUGGAGUUUGGUCCCGACCUCGAAGUGCAGUACGGAGAUGACCCCUACAAUGGAUACACGGCGUUGGGGUGCGCCGUGAAGAAAGAGCGACUCGACUCGGUACGUCUGCUCCUGGAAGCCGGUGCCAAUGUCGAUCAUCAAGGCUCCAAGGGGCAGACCCCGUUGCAUGAUGCGGUACGACUCGACAAUCCUGCCCUCAUCCAGCUCUUGCUGGAGUUCCGCCCGGAUGUGAAUCACGCCCAGCAGGAAGGGUUCACGCCUCUUAUGUAUAUGUCACCAUCUACGCGUAUGGAAACUCUCCGUCCGCUGAUCAACGCCGGGGCAGACCUCGAGGCUCGCAAUCGUAAGGGCCUGUCAGUGCUGAUGUGCGCGGUCGGUCAUGAAAACGCCGCAAUGGUCAAGUAUCUGCUCGCCCGCGGGGCGGAACUCAACACCGUGGGUUCCAUCCGCGGUGGCCCGCUGCACUAUGCCUGCUGGGACUCAUCCCUAGACAUGGUGAAGCUUUUGGUCGCUGCCGGUGCGGAUAUCAACCUCGUUGAUCCGCAGAAUGGGUCGCCUCUGCACCAAGCAGCUUACCGCGGCCCCUUCGGGGAGUGGGAGCACCAGAGCAAAAUUUGCAAAUAUUUACUGAGCCUCGAGGAGCUGGAUGUCAACAGCACAGGAAGCAUGCGGGGCUCUCUGCUGAGCUGGAUCUGUGUGACAGCGCCGUUGGAAAUCGUGACCGCCCUGCUCGAUAAAGGCGCCCGCGUCGACCAGCCGGAUAUCCAGGGCCGCACUGCGAUCCAUCUGGCGGCCGCCAACUCCGUCAGCCAUCUGGACCUCAUCUUCGAGCAAGGUGGCGACAUUGAGGCGCGAGACCAUGUGGGCCGCACGGUCCUGCAUUUUGCAAUACUCAGCGGAUCGGCCGCUCUAGUCGAAAGAGUUCUCAGCCUCUCGUGCGAGUUGCUGGAUGCCCCCGACGACGACGGCUGGACCCCGUUGCUCUGGGCCGCGCGAGGCUGGACCCGCCUCAGCCGGACCACCACCGCGAGUGUGCAGGAGGAGAUCAUCUCCAUGCUGCUCAACCGCGGUGCCAACCCCUGUACGCAGUGGGUUGGGCUCGGACGGACGUGGUCAGCGGCCAAGAUCGCUCGGUACCACGGCCACUCCGGCAACGUGGUAAGACUGCUCGAGGACGCGUAUCAGACCGCGCAUCCUCAGGCCGACGCGCUUGAGAUUGUUGGUAUUCAUUUCAGUCGUGUGGCUGCUUCGUUUAGAGGUACAUGCGAUGGCUGCUUCAUGGGCCUCUACGGGUAUCGCUACAAGUGCCAAGUCUGUUUCGACUUUGACCUCUGCUACAAAUGCUUUCUCACAAGGCACAAGACGCACGAUGGGCAUGACUUCUCGUCGACGGAGGCGGAGGAGAAGUAUGUGGAGGAACCCGAGGAGGAGGGCGGAGGGGGUGGAGAUGCGAACUCUACGACCCAUGGUAGUUCGUCAGAUGUACAGGAGAGUGAGGAUAGUGAUUCAGACAAGGACUCGGAUGUGGAUUCGAGUAGUAGUGAUUAGGCCAAGGUGCAUAGACUUUCUCGUGUAGGGCAACAGACAAUACAGAUCGCCAGCUGUUUCAGAACUCUAUCGGGCUCAGCGC